GCACUGCGGACAAUAAAAAGGAAGCCAGCGGAGGUUGACGUUUUCGAGACAAACAAAUCGAUAUUCAAAAAGUUACUUAAAGGAGUAGAAAGUCUUUAUCACAAUUUUCUAUUUAUUUUUAUCGUAUAUUGCAUUGCAAAUUAUAUAUAGUUACAAAUUUACAAGUUAACAAUAUUAGCGAAAGGAAAACAAAUCCUAUACCAUGAAUAACAAAGCAAAUAAUGGAUAUCCGUACGAUGCUCAAUCAGCGGCAUAUCAGCAAUACGUGAAUAGCCAAUUACCAGCGCACGCACAACUGCCACCGUCGUACAAUUCAGUGGUGACCAGCAUGGCACCAGCAGGUUAUUCUCCCUAUCCCCCAGGAAUUGUCCAGCAGCCAUUUUACACAAAUAAUUGGAGCGUGAAUCCGUCCGCCCCGCAGGCUGCCACGAUGCCGUUCGCUGCUCACCAUCUUCCUCCGCCACCACCAUAUGCCGCUGCUGCCGCACAACAAGCUGCAGUUGCAGCCAUUCCCACCCAAACCGUACACCCGACUAUGUAUCAAUAUCCGAUCGCGACUCCACCUCAAGCACAACCACCGCAAGUGUAUCAGGCCCAAAUGUACCCGGUACAGGGUGCCAUGUACGACGCGGGUGCGCGUUUCGGAAAAACCGGUGGUGCGGCCACGAUUCCACCACCACCACCCGGAAUUGCACCAACCGCAGCACAGAUUGCCGCAAUGCAGGGCCAACAAGUUGUGAUGACGAAAAAGAAAAACAACUUCAUUCAAGGUGGUAACGGUGCAGGAUUUACGUUCUGGUAAUGAUCCGACAGGUAGCAUGCAUAAUACGUGAGUAUAUAUUUUACUGACUGCCCAGAGUAACCAAACCAAAAACCGAUGAUUUUCUGAUUUUCUGAUUUUCAAUUGCUUUACAUGGGUUUUCACAUUACUUUUCCUUAGAAUAAUUUAUAUUCAAUCGAAAAACAGUAUCGAUAUGUAUCUCUUUAAAGGCAACAUCGUUAAUAUGUUUUGACUAUCAUUAGUUGUCCGCUUCAUUAAUAUGUUUUUUUUACUGUUGUCGGUAUUUGAACUUAGACUGUAGGUGCUGAUGAGUUAAAACAGCAAUUGUAAAACAAAAGCAACACAUUAAAUUCCAGGAAAUGAAACCGUGGUGAACUGUAACGAAUUGCGUAUGUAAUACAAAUCUAACAACGCAGAAGCAUACUGCACCUAGGAAAAGUUAAUGAAUAAUUAUUAAUCAUAUAUUAAACAGUUGAAGCAAAGAAAUCCGCAGAAUGACUGUAGAAGUUCGCCAAUUAGAGUGCAGUGUUCAAUUGGAACAAAGGCGCCGCAAUAGUAAUUUAAUCAGGAUUGAAUAAUAUAAUAGCAAAAUAUUAUUCAUCAACAUCGCUAGGAUCAGCUGUUACAAAGCUCACCAAUAUACUUAUAUUAAACGAAUGAGUUAAUAAACCACAUACUAAUAGAGCCGUGAGAGGAGCGGAACAGUUUCCACUAUAUACAUACUAUAUAGUCAGCUAAGUAAAUUAAAAGCCUCAAAGUAAACUGACAAACGGAAAGGCACUAUUGCUAAUAACAUCAUACCCUUCACUAGUGGACGACAAACAAAUUUCACAGUUAAUGUUCCGUUUUCUUUUCAAAAUCUAACCUUGGUUGUUCGGAUAAACCGCGUAAUCUACAUGCGAAUCAAUAUUUCUCGUAAGGUUGAUAUACACAGUUAUGCCAUAAUGUAAUGCAAAGCCAGAACAAGUAUUCUCAAACCCUUUCCCUCUUACCGUAAAGUUCAAAUGUGUUGACAUUUGUUUCGUGCAUAAACUAUUGCUUCAUUCAAAAAACAAUGUAAUAUGCUCUGCGAUGUGCGUUUGUGAUAGGGUAUUAACAAGCUUCGAAACCGUUAACAUUUUUACUCAGUAUCAUUUAAAAACAUAAUGCAUGGUAGAACUAAAUAUGUUUAUGAACAUUUUCGCAUCUGCGCAUGCAAUACGUAUUUAGUUUGUACGUUUGUCCAGUUUUUAGCGUUUCUUUAAUUGAAGGUUCUGCGGAGAUGCAUAUUCACCGUUCAAAUAUUUGUCUACUGAAUCUUUCAGUAGGAUGCAGCUCACGUCAGUGUAAUCAAGAAAAAAGUUUUACACUUUUUUGUUUUUUGAUUAUAGGAAAUUUUGAAGAUAAUGAAAUCACUCAUCCAUGCUAUCAUUACAUAUUUGAAAGAAAAAAAUAAAUGUCGAUUAUGUUUUGUCUUCAUUUUCGAUGUGUUGUAAUCCAUACAGACAUCAAUUUAGGUGCAUCUGUAUUGAAACUUCUUAAUCUGCUGGCUUUUUUUGAACGUUAGUGUUCGUAAAAUAGUCAAAUAUGUUUAUUUUAAAUUUAUUCUUUGAGAAACCUUAAAGAAUUGUCAAUAUUCAUAUCAUUAUGUUCUACACUCGUAAUGAUCUUGUGCGGUGGAAAUCGAUUAUGCGGCAGUAGUUAAUAAUUUCCCAAAGUAAAGGAAUGAAUUGUUAUCUAAAAAUAAUUUCAAUUCAAUGUUUUUAAACUCAAAUAUCCAAUCUCCAAUUUGAAUUGUUCGGUAUAAAGCCAUAUAGCAUCACCGGCUGAAAAUGAGUUAGUAUAAUACAGUAUUACAUUAAUCGUACAUAAUUUUGCUUCCCAUUUUAAAUUUCUGACACCCAACGCAGUUUAAGUAAAUAUUAUGUAAUAAAGCCGCUAUCCAAAUUUCGAAGACAGUAAUAAUGUAUAGUUUUGAGAAAGGUAGUAGAUCAGUUUUCACAACAGAAGCGAUUAAUACCCUCACAAACGCAAGAUCUAUUGAACAUACCAACAUCUCGAAAAUGUGAAUUAAACUCCCAUUUUUUGAACGAUAAGUGCUCAGAAUUCUCCGCAGUAUGAAGAAAAGGGCGAAGGAUAGUGAUAGUGAUACAACACACGUGAUCAGAUUUAACUGAAAAGUUUAUUCCAAAAGUUUACAACGAGAAAGCGUAUCAGAAACUUAUUCUUUUGUUUUAUAUCGUUUUACACGUUUACACCUUCUUCGGUUUUAUUUCUGUUUCGUCGCUAUUGUAUUUGGGAAAACUAUCACAAAAAGAGAAACAAUAAAAAUCAAUUGAAUUGAGACAAAGACAA